CUUCGACGUAUCGCGAUAUUUCCGCCUCAAACUGCUUCAUCGGUCAACGUUAAACUGUCAUAAAGUCAGCGCAUCAGCGAGUCUCGUUAAACUAAACUAAAUCAUUUAUUUAUCUUUACAAGUUAAAGGGCAGCGGUUCAGAACUUCAUUUAAAUCUGCUGCUCAGUCAUUUCCUGUCAUGAAGAGUCUCUGUCACUCACGGGUGAGCGAUUGAUUGAUCAGCCUUCAUCGCUUCUGCAAGGGUUUCUGUCCACCAGCAUGAAGUCUUUUUGGAUGUCAUCUUGUCUGCUGCUGCUUUUGGAGGUCAGCAGUGUGUUUCUUCAGGAAAACAACAAGCCCAACUUUGUCCUGAUGAUGGUGGAUGAUCUGGGAAUUGGAGAUCUCGGCUGCUACGGCAAUAAAACACUGAGAACUCCAAACAUCGACAAGUUGGCCGAAGAGGGAGUGAAGCUGACCCAACACAUCGCUGCAGCGAGCCUCUGCACCCCGAGCCGGGCGGCGUUUCUAACAGGACGGUACCCAGUAAGAUCGGGUAUAGCUGGGGAUUUGAAACCAGGAGUUUUUCUAUUUAAUGCAGCGUCAGGAGGCCUUCCUAGUCAUGAAGUGACCUUUGCUAAGAUUGCUAAGCAACAGGGUUACGAAACUGCUCUUAUAGGAAAAUGGCACCUAGGUCUUAACUGUAAGAGCAGUGACGAUCACUGUCACCACCCCAGCACCCACGGCUUUAACUACUUCUUUGGCAUUCCUUUGACCAACUUACGAGACUGCCAGUGGGGACAUGGGACCGUUUUCCAAAUCCAUAAAUAUUUACCGUACAGGACAUUUGGAGUUGUGUUGGUCUCUGUAGUUGGGCUCCACUGCAUUGGGCUCAUCAGAUUCCGCAGAGGGCUGAUCUUCGGUCUGCUGUUGGUGGCGGUCAUAGUCACAGGAAUGAUGGUGGGAUUCAUCAGGAUCAUCCCGUACUUCAACUGUGUUCUCUUCAGGGAUCACAGUAUUGUGGAGCAACCAUUCACAUCUGAAAACCUGACGCAGAGGAUGACCCACGAAGCCGUGGACUUCAUAGAGAGGAAUUCAGCCAGACCUUUCCUGCUGUUUUUCUCUUUCCUGCAAGUGCACACGGCCAUGUUUGCUUCUGCAGCAUUUAGAGGAACAAGCCACCACGGCAUCUACGGGGAUGCCGUCCAUGAAGUGGACUGGAGUGUAGGUCGGAUCCUGCAGACGUUGGACAGACUCGGUCUGAGAGAAAACACCCUGGUUUAUCUGACCUCAGAUCAGGGGGCUCACUUGGAGGAAAUAUCUGCAGCAGGCGAAGUUCACGGAGGAUGGAACGGAAUAUUUAAAGCAGGGAAGUCCACAAAUUGGGAAGGAGGAAUCCGGGUCCCAGGAAUCCUGCGUUGGCCAGCGAAAAUCCCCAGCGGCAGACAGAUAGAUGAGCCCACCAGCAACAUGGACCUGUUUCCUACAGUGGUCCAGCUGAGCGGAGCCUCAGUCCCUCAGGACAGGGAAAUAGACGGCCGUGACCUGAUGGAUUUGCUGCAGGGCAGAGCUGGAAGACCUCACCAUGAAUUUCUCUUCCAUUACUGCAACUCCUACCUGAACGCAGUCAGAUGGAAACCUGAGAACAGCAGCUCCGUGUGGAAAGCUUUUUAUUUCACUCCGAACUUCUACCCAGAGGACCAAACAGCCUGUUUCCACACUCAUAUCUGCUUUUGCACUCCGGACUAUGUGACCUACCACGAUCCUCCUCUGCUAUUUGACCUCUCCAAGGAUCCAUCAGAGUCCACGCCGCUGACUCCGGACACUGAGCCGGCCUUUCACUCCGUUCUCGCUGUGAUGCAGGAAGCCGUGGAAACGCAUCGCCGGUCGGUGACGCCCGUGGAGAGCCAGUUGACUGCGGGGAAGCUGUUGUGGAAGCCCUGGCUGCAGCCCUGCUGCUCCACACUCGCACAGCUCUGUCAAUGCCACCAACAGGAAGGAGAUGAAAACAAACUAAACUAAUCACAACUGGCUUAUUCCACCUGUAGCUGGACCCAGGCUCCGUUAGCACAACCUGAGGCUCUCUGAGGGACGCAUUUCCUGUCUGGUCUGGCUCAGGGUGCCAUGAUCGACCCCUCAGCUCAGAUUCAUGUUCCACCAACUUUCAGCUCUCCUCAUGUCAUUCAGACUCUGAGUCACUUGACAAAAACAAAAUGUUCUUAACUAAUGUCAGCUUUAUGUUUGAUGCUUCUUAAUUUGAGGCUGAGCUGAAAGUAGAAAAACAAUCCUGGAAAUGAAUGUAAUUAGAUUUUUUUAAUAGCAAUUUCUCUUUUUUUGUUUGUCUUGUUCUUUGGUUUGUGAUUACUUUUCUUGUCCCUGUUUUAAAUGAGUCUGUUUCAGCAUCUGGUGUUGUUUAUGUUCUAUAUGGAAUAAAUAAUGGAUUUAUUAAAUUUG